UCUCCACCUUCAGCAACAUUUCGGCUGAGACCGUGUUUGUGAAUUGUGGGUUCAUUUUGGGUUCAUUGAAGGAAUGCCGGGCUCUUAUAGAAAGCACCGAUAAUAUUCUAACCGUGCUGCUGACUCGGACUCAACACAAAUUUGGGUUCGAGUUGAAGACAGAGCUGAAGGGAAGCUGCAGAGUUUCUGAUUUUAUAGCUUCAUAACGGGCCGUCGUCCGUCGGCCAUCUGCACAAUUCCAACCAUGAAGGUAACGCCGACGCCGACGGCCGCCUACCUGUCGGGCGUCGUCCACAGUCGCCGCAUGGGGCGCACAUUCAGUAUCGGAGACAUGGACCCGGACACGUUCAGCCGCAUCAAAAACUACGACGAGACCGUCGGCAGGCUGGACCACUACUACGGCGUCGUGAAGCGGCAGCUGAUUGCCAACCAGAGCUUCAUGACCGGCCAGUUCCCGGAGAGUUCGGCGGAGCGGGUGGUGUCAGACGUUCGCACCAGCCUCUACUGCGCCUUCUCCAUCUGGUGUCUCCACCAGGCCUACAAACGCAUUGACGACGACCGCGGCAAGACGUUCGAGCUCGGCCAGUCUGUCGUCAAGUGCAUGCGCGGCAUCCUGCGCUCCUGGAUGAAACAGGCCGACAAGGUGGAGCGUUUCAAAGCUAACCAGACGACGCACAACGCGCUGCACUCCAAGUUCCACCUGGUCACCGGCGACGAGGUGCUCACAUGUGAGCAGUACAAUCAUCUACAGAUCGACGUAGUGUCGCUGUACCUGCUGUUCCUGGUGCAGAUGACUGCCUCCGGGCUGCAGAUCGUUUUCACCAUCGACGAGGUGAACCUGGUACAGAACCUGGUGUACUACGUGGAGAGGGCUUACCGGACACCAGACUUUGGCAUGUGGCAGCGCGGCAGCAAGUACAACAACGGAUCGUCCGAGCUGCACGCCAGUUCGAUCGGCCUGGCCAAGUCGGCGCUGGAGGCGGUGAACGGCUGUAAUCUGUUCGGAGACCACGGCAGUUCCCAGUCGGUCGUCUAUGUCGAUAUUGACGCCCACAACCGCAACCGAACCAUCUUCGAGACGCUGCUGCCGAGAGAGUCCAGCUCCACGUCGAGCGACAUGGCUCUGAUGAUGGCCAUCUCGUUCCCGGCGUUUGGCACUCACGACCAGCUGCUCUACUCCAAAACAAAGUCGAAAAUUGUGCAGAAGCUGCGCGGGAGACACGGCUUCAAGCGGUUCGCCCGUGACGGGUUCGGGACGGUACUGGAGGACAGCUCGGAGCGCUUCUACAAGGACAGCACCGUUCAGAAGUUUGAGCGUAUCGAGAGCGAGUGGCCGCUGUUCUACAUGUACAUGAUCAUCGACGGUGUGUUCCGGAGUGACAAGAAACAGGUGGAUGAGUACAAACAGCUGCUGAGGCCGCUAAUACACUACGACAGACGCACAGGGGAAGAUUCGUUCGGCGACCCGACGCUGCCGCAGUACUAUUUCGUGCCGUCGGAGCACCUGAGUGGCGAGCGGGCCGAGCCGGGCAGCCAGCCGCGGUUCGCCAGCGCUGUGGGCGGCCCCGGCGACCUGUUCCUCUGGGGCCAGGCCAUGCUGGUGGUGACGGAGCUGCUGCUCGAGGAACUGGUGCACAUCAAUGAGAUCGACCUGAUCCGGAGGUACCUGCCGUCGUACAACCGGCCGCGCCGUACCACGCGCUACUCGGCGUUCCAGGGCACUGCCAGUGACCUGGUGGUGCAGGUGGUGCUCGUCGCCGAGUCCCGCCGCCUUCAGGCCAUGCUGGCCACUUACGGCAUCCAGUCUCAGACGCCCAAGGAGGUCGAGCCCGUCCAGAUCUGGUCACAGAAACAGCUGGUGCAGGUGUACCGUAACCUGGGCGUCAACUGGAAGCUGGGUCUGGAGGGCCGUCCGCCCCGGCCAAUCGGAGCUCUCGGCACCAGCAAGGUAUACCGGAUCUCUGGCCAGACGGUGCUCUGCUACCCGCUGAUCUUCGACAGCACCGACUUCUACCUGAACCACGAUAUGGCGCUGCUCAUUGACGACAUCAAGUCUGAGAUCCAGUUCGUGGGCCGCUACUGGCGCCUCUCCGGUCGGCCCACCUGCUGUCUCAUCAUGAAGGAGACGCACAUGAGGGACACCAACUUCCGUAAGAUGGUGGACCUGCUGGCCAUGCUGAAGACGGGCUCCUGCGAGGGCGUCAAGGUGCGCGUGGGGCGACUGCAGAACCUCAUGUCCUCCUCGUGCACCGAGCACUUGGACUUUAUGGACGCCGCUGAGGACUGGGGCGUGGAGCCGGAGCCGUUCCGGGAACUGGCCAACAAAACGGUGGGCUACCAGAGCCUCACCGACAUCCCGACGGCGACCAUCUACAACGAGACAGAGCCGCUCACCAUUCAGGAGCUGCAGCACAAGUCUGACCACGAGCUGCAGCACAUCUGGCGGGGUAUCACCACGCUGCGCGGCCGGAGCUACAUCCUCAAACUGCUGCUCGACCGGCACGGGCCCGACUAUCAGCUCGAGGGUGUUACUGUGCACCAGCGACUCGUUCAGCUCAACAGUGAGGCAGGCACGCUGCGCUGCUGGUCAGUGCUGCGCUUCUGCAGCAGCCUGCUGGGCCGCGUGGUGGACAGCAUCAGCCCCUACCUGACGGCCAUACUCGUCUCCGGGAAACAGUUCGCUAUCGGCGUGAUCGGCCAGCCGGAGGUGGUGAUUGACAAGCCGCUGACUCCGGCCGAGAUCGAGUCGCUGUUCUUCGGCUCUGUGCGUCCGCUGGACGUGGUGCAGGCGGUGCUGCAGCAGGAGCUGGUCCUCUGCAGUGGACGGCUCAUCCUCACCCGGCCUGACCUGUUCGCCGGCAUACUCACCAUCAGGAUCGGCUGGUUCCUGCAGGCCAUGGAGCUGUAUAGCAGGAUCGAGGGCCGCGAGCAGCCCAUCGCUGAGAUGGCGCCCAGCGAGGUCCGCGCGCUCCUAUACAACGUGCUCUCGCUGGACAGCAACUCCUGCAACAUCAGCAUCACGCCGCGCCAGCAGCGUCAGAUUGACGGCUGCCUGGGCCGCAGUCCGCGCAACCUGCACAGCUCUGUGUGGUUCAUCCUGGGCCGCACAGCCGGCGGCCUGACGAUCGGCCAGCGCCACCUGCCCCAGUCGCCCACCAUCACCGACAUGACGGUCGGCGAGCUGCGGUUCGCCAUCCUGGUGAACGAUAUGCUGGCCCAGUGUCCGCAGCCGGAGCUCCGGCAGAUCGUGGUGCAGCUGAUUGCGCUGAUAGCCACCAUCCUGGAGCGUAAUCCGGAGCUGAGUUUCCGCGGCUGCAUCGAGCUCUCCCAGAUGGUCGACGAGGCGCACCGGCUCUACCUCAAGGACGGCGGCGAGGGCGGCACGACCAGUGAGCUGGACGGGUUCUUCCAGCUGCCUCCGUCAGCCACCGCCGGCUACCUGGCCCGGACUGUGGUCCACCACUUGCUGACGCGGCCCAUGACGGCCCUGGACGACAUCGACGCCACGGCCGCUCUGGAGAGCGCCGCCGCCUCGCCGCAGGCAUGUAACAUCGCCUAGGGGGACGGGGAGGGAGAGCCGGAGAGAGAGAUAGGUGAUGGGUGGAGUUUUCAGAGGACGGAGCUGCGUGCUAGGAGCUAGUGUUUUGUAGAUGGCUAGAGACUGGAGAGUCGAGAUGCGCUAGGGAUAGAGAUCAAUGAGGCCAGUUGUUUGACUGGUCAAGAGUGAAGACUGAAGCAGGAUUGUUGACUUUUUUAAGUGGAUGAACAGAAAUUCUUUGAUCAAGCCUUGGGCUGGCUGUUGUAACUAAUCGUAGGAUCUGCUGCUUCGGAUAGCCAACGAGACAACGGUCAGAAAAUUGUGGUCGCUCGUCACCUGAGCUGCCCCCAGGUUUGAACGCUUACCCUAUGUCACCCGACGACGUGCUCUGUGUAGAGCCCCUGAAGCUCACGAUAUGUGUUCGUACGCGAGCCGGGUGCGCCGGACGAUACCAAGGAAGAAUCCCCUGCUGUGGUGGCAACAUAAUCCAGGGAGGUUCUGGUAGAGACUGGCAGAGAGGUACUGUACUCUCGUCACGUGGGCAAGUCUCGUGCUUCGUGCCGCAAGGGGGCAUAUGGACGAACACGUGAAGUGCAAUACGUGCCACGUGAGGUGUGGUGCUGCAGAUUGUGGCUCGUGCUACGAGUUGAAUGCAGGAUGUGGUAACACUGCUAGAUGAACAGUGUGAGAGAUUAGAAUGUGCGACGCGCAAAUGCUUGAAGUCAUGCCUUGUGCUUUCGCUGGUGCUUCAUGGCAACGGAUAAUCGUCACGGGUUUCAUAUUCGAUGCCUUAGAUUUUGAUUUGUGUGUAGAUGUAUAAGUUUGGGCUAGUUUUCUAAAAUGCUGAAUGUAUUGUGCUUAGAACCGCCAGUCGGUCAUGAAGGGUUUUGUAGAGGCAUAUUGUGCCGCCUUGCUGAGGUGUUAGUGACACUCUACGGUAUGUUCGUGAAUUGAUAGCUUACGUGCUUUGCAUUUGCGAGUCUAAUAAUUGCUGCUGCUGUUUCAGAAUUUGUAGACAGCAGGCGCUUGUAAAUCAUUGUAAAGGGAGCUGUUAUUUGAGCUGAUAUCGUAGUCAUAUGCUUAGUCCUCCAAACUAACCUAGUCUGAGCUCACAUGUAUGAUAUUAACCACACCGUAGAUCAGUUCGGUCUGCGAUAGUCGAGCCAAUCAGGGAUGUCUGUAACUGACUUACUGCGUGUCUGUGUACAGACUUGUCAGUGUUGAGUGUUUUUGGGCCAGACCCGGGCCAGUACCCCGUCGUGCCAUCCAUGACAAUUUUUGUCAUCCUCAUUUGUAAUUCCCUCCCCUUAUGUAUAGCCCGAUCAAGUAAGCGCGCAGCCCGCCCGCCCGGUGAAUCUCAGAUGUGUUGCGGGUUGCUUUGUCUGCCGUGACAGUACACCCAUCCCGUACUAAUGACCGUGUGAUAGAGCCUCGUCACUUGGCCCCGGUCAUUUCCGCUUCCUCUCCCCUAACUGACUGGCGGUUUACGGUAGUCACGGUAGGGGAGAGUGGGGUAAUUUGGCCGCUUUUUUUAGAAAACGAUGUAACUAAAAAUCGACAACACAUUUCUGCAUUUUCUCAACGCUGACAGGUGUGGCAUACAUUCUACUUUCUUGGACAGUAAACUUGAAAUGAUUGAGUAACUACUUAUAUUGAAAUCGUGGCGUAUUACAAAGGUCUGCAAAGCGGCCAAAUUGCCCCACUAGCAGGGUUAUUUGGCCGGGGGUGUGGGGUAAUUUGGCCGGUGUUAGUUUGAGGCCAUGAUUUUUGUUAUAGGCGAGUCAGCUUCACAUUCAGGAAUGACGCGUGUCCUACGACGCAUUUGAAGCAUUUUGGAGGUUGACUCAGCCGUCAGAGGAGUCGAAAAUAGUCAAAAUAGCGGCUCUAGAUGCGAUGACAGUUUUUUACGAAUAACUUUUGAAGUAAUCAAGCUAGGCCAAAACCAAAAGCACAAUCGUAAUUCCCUCGUCAUUCCGCAUCGAAACAUGCAUGUGUUGACCUCAAGAGGUCAAGGUCAAAGGUUGGCUUCAGGUCACGUUACCUCAGGUCGAUUGACCUCAAGGUUACGUGAGUUCAAGGUCAUCAUGUAUAUCAUUCGAUGCGCCUUGACGAGCUGAACACAAUGAGACCAUUUGCGUGGCUGUAUCUUUUUUCUGUAAGUAUUUAUUAGCAAAAAAGCGUUAGGUAACCUUUGAUGACGUCACAUGCCCUUACAGCUGUCCAAUAGGAAAUAUGGCAUCAAGGUAGUCAAAGAUGAUCAUGAAUUAUGUCCUUUAUGGUAUAAUUGACCAUGACAACUCGGCCGUCCCAGCAUAGUGACUCUGAGCGCACCGGCCAAGUUGCCCCGCUAGUCCCGGCCAAAUAACCCCACAUUGCCAUUCUGAAAAUUUUUGUCUAUAAAGUCGUCAUGGCUGUACAGAACUAGAUGAAAUUGCUCUUGGGACCGCUGAACACCCUCAAAAAUGGCGCUAUAAUGUUGGAAUUCGUUUAUAGCCCAAAUACUACAUGUUAUACAAAUUUUUAAACGGAAGUAAAAGUUACCAUUUUCUAACGUAAUUCACCUUUUAUUAAUUUUGAAUAAAACUAAGAGGGGGAAAGUUUUGACAUUUGUUCUCGAGUUAGUCCUGCCGAUGACAAAUGAAUAGAGACUAAAGUUAUUUCAUUCACUUUUAUCAGCUUUCGUACAGGUGGGGGCGGCCAAUUUACACCACCGGCCAAAUUACCCCACUCUCCCCUACAUCUAAUUGACGCGUGAACCCGCGGGUUGAACUAGCGCGCCCGGCCGCCGAUCUGAUGGGUGGUAUACUGUAUAACCUCUCUUUACACUUUGUCCUGUCCUCUCGACUCACUUCCCUGCUGUGUUCUAGGUAACUUUCGACUGUCGAGACCAUCCUGAGCUAUCCGCCGCCUCCUAUCACCUCCCCGCCUCCUAUCCCCCCCCCUGUCCUCUCCAUGUCCCUAUCUCACCCCUGUCUCCUGUCCUCUGCCCUCACUUCCCUGCUCUGUGUUCCAGCUAACCGUCGAGACCAUCCUGAGCUAUCCGCCACCCUCUGUCCCCUCCCCGCCUCCUAUUUACUCCCUCCCUGCCCUACCCCUGUCCCCUGUCCUCUCCCCUCACUUUCCUGCUCUGUGUUCCAGCUAACCGUCGAGACCAUCCUGAGCUACCCCCCUCCGAGCCUGCCCAGCUCCGAUUCUCCGGAGCCGCCAGAGCUGCCGGCCACCCAGUCCUCGUCCUCCUGGCCGGGAGGAAUCCUCACGGAGUUCCUCGGCACUGUCCUCUCGGAGGACGGCACCAUCUGAGAGGUAAUGGGACGGCCAGAGAGUCCUCCCUUGUGGAGUCCUCAUGGCGUCCUCUCUACUCUCCUGUCCUCUUUCCCCAGCUGUGCGUGUCAGUGGACGGAUAUUAGAUACAAUACUGCUUGCCAUUAUCCCAGCUUUUUGUAUUAUCGCGCCUGUGCUGACGAAUCAUGGAACUGAUUGCGGUGGGCGGAAGGAAACUGCUAUAACUGUCACUGAUGCAUUGCUAUGUCGUGUUACUUAUAGCACAUGACCGUGUGUAGUGUGUAUAUUGGAACUACGAUGAGCUGAAAACUAUCAGAAAAUGUACAGAUGCAUCCCAGCGCAGGAUUUGUGCGCGGAGCUGCAUUGUCGCUUCCGUACCGGACUGUUCUGCAAUACAUAUGUGUUGUAAAUCGGG